UCCCUGAGAGAAUCCAUCAAAGGUAGUUCUUCGACCUUCGCCUGUGGCGGAUCUGUCGCGAUUGAGAAUGUCGCUUAUGGCGGCACUCCUCAACUCCGUGGCAGGUCUCACCCUGUGAACGUUUUCUGGGAGUCCGACUCUACUGUGCAAAAGCUGGUCUUGCCAAUCAACCAAAAGAACAAGUCAGCUGUGAAGCAUUUACAGUCGCUUGCCGGUGAUUGCAUUCCUGCAACCUUCGGCCGCGGGGAUCAGGAUGUACUUGAUCCUACUUAUCGCAGAGCUGGAAAAUUGGAGCCUGCCCAUUUUUCCAGCAACUUCCACCCUGCCGAUUUUGGUAUUAUUGAUCAAAUAGAGCAGGACCUGCUUCCCACUAUCAAUGAUGGUCCCGGUUCCUCUGGCUACCGCAGGAAGAUAAUCCCCGAACUUUACAAACUGAACGUAUACACGGGUCCAUCUGGUUUCUUCCACAAGCAUGUUGAUACUCCUCGUGGUCCCAAGCAGAUCGGAUCGCUGGUGGUUUGCCUCCCAUCUGAAUUCAAAGGGGGUGUUCUACACGUGAGAAACGGUGGCCAGGACCUCAGUUACGACUGGAGUCAUGCUAGUGGCUCAGCCAUCCAGUGGGCGGCAUUCUACAGUGAUUGCGAGCAUGAGAUUAAGGCUGUUACCGAGGGAGAGCGUAUCACUCUUACCUACAACCUAUACGCUACUGAGAUAGGCACAGAGGGUAUCCCCUCCGCCCUUUCUCUUGCGCCGCAGUCGCAGCACCUCUAUUCCGCUCUGGUGAAGUCGUUGAAAGAGCCGAGCUUCAUGACGGAAGGUGGUAUUGUCGGCCUGUUCUGCUCUCAUGCCUACCCUCAUAUGUCAGGCACCACUGCGAAAAGCAUGAAGGGUCUUCUUAAGACCUCAGACUACGGUCUGUAUUCGGCCAUCAGGUCGUGUGGAGUAGAUGUCGACGCACUCCCAGUCUCCGAUACUGGAUCCUGGUAUGCAUCUAUCAUGAAACGACUGCAACGUGAAACCAACGACACGAGCAAGGGAAAGGAGGAAUAUACAAAAAUGGCAAGCGAUGUCUGGCCAUCCGUCCAGCUUAAUGGUAUCACUUGGCUGAAUGAACCGAACCGUGAUGAAAUCGCGUUCGCUCAUAUUCCCCAGCUCAGGGGUGGACCGGCUCCUGUAGCUUACGGCAACGACGCCGUUAAGCCUCCCGUGGCCUUUGGAAACGACGCUGUGAAGCCCAUGGCAUUUGACAAAGAGAAGCUCUCUGUCGUUCAGUAUACCGAUGCUGCUAUUUUUGCCGUUAUUCAACCCUGGGAGAAGCGCUCGGAGAGUCUUGCUUUAUAA